GGCAGCCGGGCGGAAGCGCCGCCCGGGGAGGGCGGAGGUGCCGGGGGAGCGGCGCGGUGCCGGCGCAGAUUAUCUGAAAUCCACUGCUGGACCUAUGCUUUCAACUGUUGAGUGGACGGAUCAUUUUUUGUAUUUUUUAGUUUGAUUUUGCUAAGCCUAUUUUGCCUUUUUUCACUAGCAAAAAAAAUGGUGUGGGAAAAGUUUUUACUCUUAUGUUAUGGAUGUAUGAUUUUGUCUCAAGCAACUGAAAAUCAGAGUACUGAACCAAAUUUAGCUUGGGAGUUGAUACAAGGAUUUAUGCAUAUUUGGAAUCAUACAAAUCAAGGAAUAUGUAUUAAUCUCCCCAACUCUGCAUCAGAGGGGUUUAGAUUUAUGAUGAUUUGGUUAAAUUUUUCGGAAAUAUUAACGAGAGAACUGGAUAAUCUUAAAAAGCCAGGAAGAAAUGUUACCUGGGGGAUGGUGGAGUCCCGGUUCCUAGACCAGAAAGAAGGACAACAGUGGGAGGCAAAUGGGACAUGGGUAGAAUACAAGAACGCCUUUUACCAGCUCCCACAUGACUCUACCUGGAGCGAAUUAUGGAAUCAGACAUGCUAUCGGUCAUUAGACACCAAGCCUUCUGAGACAUUGCAAAAUGUCACUUCUAUCCCUUGCACGGUAGUACCGUGGUGGGAUUCUCCUGCUGAGGGUGGGUUUUUUGAACAUGAGUACAAUUUUCGUUGGGAUGCAGGAUGGUGUAUACAAAUCCCUGAUAACCCAGGAACCGUGCACCAAGUUAACCGAACAAAUUAUGAGUGGGCCUGGUCUUUGAAACAAAUCUUUGACCCUAUAUCUACACUACAAUGGGCUUCCAGGGUCCCCACAGGGAAAAUAGUAGAAUGGGAAGUGGAGAAAUCAGACUGUAAGGACUAUCAGACCACACUACCUAAUGGAGAGAGCAUCUGCUGGAAAGUGAGGAACCGUAGAAGUCUUACCCAGAGUAAAUCAGAGACCUCCUUUCUGAAUUGUUCCCGUGUAUUAGAUUGUACCACAGGAGCAGGUGAGCCUAUAGAAACCUGGUACAUCUCGGAGCUGAGAACUUUUAUCCGGGACAUGUGUACCUGUUGGGAUUAUCCCAACUACGGCUAUCUAAACCAAGACACCCGAUGCAAUGGGUCUUAUGAAAAUUCAGAGACAGCACUAUCCUGUGGCAUUCCCAUUACACACAGCCCUGACCAAAGAAAGGUCUGGAAUUCAAGUAGCGAAGCACAGGAAGUUCCCCAAGGUGACCUGUAUCAGUGUUCACAGGCCAAGUAUCCCGCUCCACGGGGAACAGUAUGGGCAUGUUCAGAUGGGAAAAUGUAUUCCCACUUGAACAUGUAUGAUAUGGCUGGACUCCAGUGUACUAUUGGUUUUCCUACCAUGUGUCCAUCUAAAACAUUCAAUUAUACGCUUUAUCGUAACAACAAGGUGCAGAGAGAGAUCCGCAAUCCAACAGAGGCAAAAGGGUGGAUUCAGGGGAUUCAAGUGCCCGACUAUUACACCUGGGGACAAAACGUUGCUUUAGACUUAGAAUCAUUUUUUGCGUCCAGUGGAGUUAUCCAACAGCACAAGUAUGUCUUGGAGAACUUAACUAAGCAAGUCCACGUGUUAAGCAACUGGACCGGACGCUCACUCAGGGAACCGAAUGUGCAGGCCCUGCAGGCAUCGGAAAUGGCUUUGCAGAACCGAUUAGCCAUAGAUAUGUUGUUGUUGAAAGAGAAUGGAGUGUGUGGGAUGCUAAACCUCACAGAUGGAGAAUGCUGUGUCACUGUCCAUAACGCCACCACCACCAUAGAAGAGGCACGUCAGAAGAUGAAGGAGAUUGCUGAGCAAACGGGAGAACUGUUUCAAGCAAUGCAACCGAAGGACUAGUUUGAUGGACUGAGCCUGGAUUGUGGAUCACGUGUAUCAAAGUGCCUUGGAUUUAUGGGAUGGGGAAGGUGGCUUGUGUGCAUUGACCUUACGAUACUGUGUGGAUUCUUGGGUUUGAUGAUAGGUCAAGAAGUCACGUCAAACUGUGAUGCGUUCAUUAUGGUUAUAGAGGAAAGGGAUAGAAUUUCUAGCACAAUUUCUAGUAUAAUUCCAUACCAUUAGUGUCAUGGCAAGAAUGUGAUUGGAGCAGGAGGAAGUCAGGGGC